AGAGCAGGUCAGUGUUCUGUAUCAGAACAUACACAUAGCAGAACCAAGAUUAAUCCAGCCAUAUGAGCAUGUCAUUAAGAACUUCAUCCAAGAGAUCAAACUUCAAAGCACAGAGAUGGAAACUCUGGCCAUAGCGGUAAAAAGGGCUCAGGACAAAGCAGCAGUUCAACUCAGUGAGUUAGAGGAAGAGAUGGAACUACGGAUACAGGCUGCAGAGCAUAAAGUUAAAAAGGAAGAGAAGCAAAAGGCUGAAGAAGCACUAAAUGAGCUGAAGCGCCAGUAUGACACUGAAGUUGGGGAUCUUCAGGUGACAAUAAAAAAACUUAAAAAGCUGGAGGAGCAAUCCAAGUCUGUCAAUCACAGGGAAGAUGUAGUUGAACUGAAAAAAAGGAUACAUGAUAUGUUGCUGGAAAAUCAGAGACUUAAGAAAGAUCUCUUAGAAGCGCAGACAAAUAUAGCUUUCCUGCAGAGUGAAUUAGAUACCUUAAAAAGCGAGUAUGCAGAUCAGUCUUUGAACACUGAGAGGGAUCUAGAAAUUAUUCGAGAGUAUACUGAAGACAGAGAUAAUCUGGAAAGACAAAUUGAAAUACUUCAAUCAGCUAAUAGAAAAUUACAUGACAGCAACGAUGGUUUAAGAAGUGCACUGGAAAACAGUUUCAGCAAGUACAACAGAUCAUUGCGGUUGGCAAAUACCUCACCAGGAAGUACCAUUUCUAGAAGCAGUCCUAAAUUUAAUGGUGAACAUUCUCCUUUAAACCUGCGGUAUGACAGGUCAUCUCAUUCUUCUUGUGUCGAUGAAGAUUAUGAUUCUUUAGCCCUUUGUGACCCGAUGCAAAGGAUAAACUGUGAAGUUGACAGCAUACCUGAGAGUUGUUUUGACAGUGGUUUGUCUACCCUGAGAGAUUCAAAUGAAUAUGAUUCAGAAGUGGAAUAUAGGCAUCAAAGGAUUUUUCAAAGGUCACAGUGUAUGCAAGAAGGCUUUGGUGGUGAUGCUUCUGAUACAGAUGUUCCAGAGAUCAGAGAUGAAGAAGCAUACAGUCCUGCUAACAGCACUGCAGUUUUAGACUGGAAGCCCUCACGACCAGUGAGUCGAAGCAGCUCAGUUGCUUCAACGAGGAAAUACAUAUCUGCUCUCACCCCUCAGUCAGAUGCAGCUGAAUGCUCUCCAAAAUACCCCAGUACAGAGAAGGCUUACAAGAUUGUUCUUGCUGGAGAUGCAGCAGUGGGAAAAUCCAGUUUUCUUAUGAGACUUUGCAAGAAUGAAUUUCAAGGCAAUACCAGUGCAACUCUAGGUGUGGAUUUUCAAAUGAAAAGACUAAUUGUUGAUGGAGAACCUACAGUGUUACAGCUGUGGGAUACGGCUGGGCAGGAGAGAUUUAGAAGUAUUGCUAAAUCAUACUUCAGAAGAGCAGAUGGUGUCUUACUGCUAUAUGAUGUAACAUGUGAAAAAAGCUUUAUUAAUGUGAGAGAAUGGGUGGAUAUGAUUGAGGAUGCGACUCAUGAGAAUAUUCCAAUUAUGAUGGUCGGAAACAAGGCAGAUCUCCGUCAAGAUAUUACAGAACAAGGGCAAAAGUGUGUGCCUAUAAACUAUGGAGAAAAGCUGGCUAUGACUUACAAUGCACUAUUCUGUGAAACAAGUGCUAAAGAUGGAUCUAAUAUUGUAGAAGCAGUUCUUCAUCUUGCUCGUGAGGUGCGAAAACGAAGUGAUAAUCAAGAUGAUACAAGAUCAGUAACCAGCCUGGCUGGGACACCUGUCAAAAAGUCAGCACUCACAAAAAACUGUUGUAAUAUUUAAAUGAUAGAUAAUUUUCCUUAACUAAAUAUCUUGUAUAUUUAAAAAAAACCCAAGUUAACAACUAAACCAAAAUAUUUUAGUAGUGUUUCCCUUUUAUUAUGGAUUUAUACAUUGUAUAUUUAGAAGUUACACAUAAUCUUCAAAAUCCAGACUGUACUUUCUACUCAUUCAAAUUUGUGGAAUUGCUUCACCCCAUAGUCUCUUUUUUCAGUUUUUUAAAGUAAUAUUAUUCAGUGCAAGGAGCUCAGAAUCAAUGCUACAGUAGUCACUGCAUACAAUAUUGUAAUAUAUAUUAUUGUCUCUACAUGCAUGUUUCUUUAUGGCAUUUGUAUUUCUUAUAUAUAGAACGUAGUAAUAUCCAAUAUCACUCACAGGUAAAGAAAAAAUUAGAGCUUUAGUGAAUAUAAUCUCUUUUUGAUCGAGUCUGCUUAUCUAGUUUUUGACAGCCUUAAAUAUAUGUUGAUUAAACAUUUCUUAAGAAAACUCCAAACUAUUAAGGGUUGCCUAGGUCCAAGUAAUCCCUCAUUUUAGGGGAAGCAGAAUGAUCUUUAUCAGGAGAAGACAGUGGCAGGUGCAUGGUAUUCUGUUGUAGUUCCUCAAAAGUUGACUAGUUAGAAUGUAUUUUAUUUCGAGUGUUGGGGUUUGAUUCAGAAGUGAGAAAUAGACUUUAUAACUGAUCCUACAGAGCUAAGAGGUGAAAAAAGCAUUUGUCUGGACUAUUACAGUCCAAAAUUCCAGAGAGAAUGUAACACCUGUGAUAUGUAGGAUCGCCGAAAUGAGUUAUGAUCCAAUAUCUCUCUGCCUAUUUAAGUUAGAUCCUUAUUGUUACUACAAACUGGUACAAGUUGUAAUUUUUCCUUUGCUUUUUCAAAUAUCUUCUAUUCAGUCACUAACUGAAAGAUUGUAAUAGUAUGUAGGAGUCUGAUUUAAUAUAUAUUUUAAUACAUUUUUAUAAGUUUUAAAUCAGUAGGUGAAAGAAUUGCUGCACAUGCACAAGCAUUUGUAUAAAUUUUUCUGUAAAAGAGAACCCUGGAAUGAACAGCAAUCACUUUAAUGAGAGUUCUUUCAACUGAUUUUAGAAAAGUUCUGAGAAACUUACCAGAGGGUGGUAGCUUUAGGUGUCAUCAUCUCUAAACUGAAUUUUGCUUAAAAUAGUUCCCGAGAGUUCCAUAAUGUAGUAAAAAUUCAUGGGCAUUUCUACAGUUAGCGGUCAAAAUCCAGUUCUUCUUAACUUUCACUGAUUUUGAUCAAAAUAGGAUAGGACCUUUCAGAGCCAGAAAACUGUUGUCUCUUCUGUUUCCAUUAAUAAAACAUCUCCAAGCUGAAGCCUAUUAAGUAAAUCAAACCUGGGUAAAGUUUUAUCAAUUGAUGGAAAAACCAUAUGACUAGCAGCUGUUUGCUGCGUUUUAUCAGCACUGUAUGGCCUGUACUGUGUUAUCUCUUGUAUAAAACAUAGAGAUCUGAUAAACAGGAAGGUUCAUAAUUUAGAAAUAAUAAAAAGGUUUUAACUAGGAAAAGAAUUUGUUUUAGGCAUCCUUUCAAAUAUGUAAUCAGAGCAGCUAAUCCUUGGGUAAUUAUCAGAAAUUUUUUCACCAAGAGAGAGAAAUCUAAUGCCAGAAUGAAUAAGACAUUUUAUUUCACUGUAUAAUAGUUCAGACCUAGAAGACAAAACAUGUUUGGUGAGGGUUUUUUGAAGUACUAGGAGAAUCUUCACAUGCUACCUAAUUCGAUGCAGGAGAUUUCAGGGUUGUAGUGUCUUCCCACACAGCAGUACCGGAUGCCUGCCUCACUGUAGUUCUGAGACGUAUCUGAAGCAUGUGGCAGAGAAUGCAGAACGCUCAAGUGUAUCAGGAAUAUGCCUAAUCACAUACAUAUUGUUUACUGUUAACCCUAUAUUAAUAAAGAAAUAUACAGCUUCAGUUAGCUUCUUUGAGCAGAAAAGCCAAAUGUAACUGACUGUUUUGGUGAGGGCCUUUUCUGUGUUGUUUGUGUGAACCCUUCCUUUUGUCCAUAUGAAUGAAAUGGAAGGAAAAUUAAUUUGGGAAGUGUUUGCAGUAGGGAAAAGAUAGGAAGGUUAUAUAGUCCUUGGUUUGUGAAGUGUGAGCCUUCAGCAUGUAGGCAUUUGCAUUUUCUCGGGGUAAGAUCAAGAUUAUAAAUUGUUACUUAUGUUCCAAAAAUGUUUCUCAUUCGGUGUUGUUAGCUUGGAGAGCCUGGACUGGGGAUCAGUGUUCUAAGUGUGUGUCCUGAGCUACUGUGUGUGACCAGUUCCGUGGUUUUGGCCUCCAGUAAAUGAGGUGCAAUGUUUGCUUAAGCAUUAUUGACAGACCUGCAUGAGCAAAGUGUUUUGGCUGGACGCAGAGAAUCACAUAAAGUGAUUUGCAGGCAGGAUUUCUGGAGGUGGUUUUGUCCAGCCUUCCAAGGACUCAAGCAGAGAUGGACUUUGGCUAGUCCUAGAUUUGGUUAUCUGUGGGGUUGGAUAGCCUGCCUGUGAAAAUGCUCUAGGACAGAGGUAUACUACUAUCGUUCUGGGCAAGAUGUUCUCAUACUUGUCCUCCUUUUCUGUAUAAACAUUUCCCUUCUUGUCCAACUUCAGUUCCCCAAAUGACUACAAAUUUCUAACAGUUUUCCCCCCCUAUGUAGAAUUUGACUAUAAUCUUGGUGAUUUCCCUUUCAGUAUCUGUAGCUGUCCCUUGGCCUUCUCUCCACCUGUGUCACAACAUCAGGAGUAUCUCUUGCAAAAUGUCUCUGGGUUUCACAUCCCAGAAUUAGCAGCGUACGUGCAUGUAUAAUAAUUGCUUUCAUAUCUAAUAUUUUUAUCAUACAGAGGGUGCCAUGAGAGUAUCCAUGUUUGUAGAGAGGCUGGUUGAAGGAUGUAAGUUCAGGGACUUGCCUCCAUACCAGUUUUUCCCUCUCUGCAGGCCGCUGAUGUUUUCAGUACUUUUGUUUCUCAUUUAUUUUAAUAACCAAAAUCUACCUUAUGUUAUUUAGUCAAAUUAUGUAGCCUGCAUCAAUUUAUUAAGUUCUGUAAUUUUUUUGUUUCAUGUAAAGCAACUUUAAUUUGCAACAGUGUUGUUUUCUAAAUAAGAUUCAGGGUUGAAGGUUGUUAGCUGUUAACAAAGUUUUACCUUGGAGUAAAUUUAUGAUCAACGUCUAGAGGACUGAAAAUGCACUAUUAAAUGGGGAUAUAUCUAUAGCUCAGUUGGAACUCAUUUUAGAAGUCCUGUCAUGGUCAGUUCCAUCAUAUUUUAAAUGUUCACAUAAUACUGUGUUGAAUUUAUGUUAAAGCAAAAGAACUUGGACUGUUUAAAUCUAGAAAUUAAAGAAUGUAUUUAUAUGUGGAAAUAAUGAAUGCAUAAUUUUUUCUGUUGUUUCACUUUAAAAGGUUACCUUGUCUUCAGCCUAAAAGGUAAAAUAACAAACAUCAGCUUUAUGCUCUGACAUGGUUGCACUAUUGUCCUUUGAAUGUUUUUAUGGUUUUGUUUAGUACAUAAGAACUGUUUGUUUAGUCACACAAAUUUAUUUUUUUAGUCAGUGAAAGUCGGUUCCCUUAAGACAUGUAUUUAUUUGAAAAAGAAAAGUCUUUUAUGUUUUUCCUCAUGAUCUGUAAAUAAAUUAUUUUAUUCAGUUGACAUGGAAACAUUAUUUGAUCCUGUAUUUUUGACCCUUUUAAAUUGUAAUUUAUUACACAUUUCUGAGGCAAUAAUUCCUAUGACACACUCAAAAAAUGUUUUGAUCACGUAAGUUCUUGUAACUACUUUGUGCCUGUUUAGCAUAUAUUACUGGCUUAAUAAGACAAACUUCAGCUUCUAAGUUCUGUUAUGGCCUUAUAUAUCUUAAGUAUUUUUCUGUGUAACUACUUUUGUAUUGACUAGAAAAACCUCUGUUAGGAAAAAAAAUUACAGUUAUAAAUCUGUAUAAGAUGCUAAAAUGUAGUUUAAGGAAAAUAUCUAUAGGCCACUCCUUUAAGGAACAUCGUUCUGCUGUGUAUACAUGCAGAUCUCCAAAUAAAGUAGUAAGUUCUGUGCUAGUGCAGGCAGUCCAAAUAUAUAUCCUUUUAAAGAGGUUUUCUAUUUUUUCCCCUAUCAACUGUUAUUCAGCAAUGGUAGGGUAGCAUUUUAGGUAAAAAAUACUACAGUCAACAAUCCCCGAUUUGUAAACCAAAGAGAAUAAUACAUUCUUGGUACUUCAUUAUAUUAUAAAGAAACCUAUUUUCAAGAUGUUUCUAGUUGUGUUAGAGAAUUGUAAAAAUGGACUAAUAUCUCAUGUACAGUUCCAGUUGCCUUUACCACUACCUCUACCAGACUUGAUAUAGUGUGUAAUUCUUUAAUGCUGUCUGGGCUACUUAUGGAUUAGAGAAGCUUUUUAGAGUGCCAGUUAUUUUAUUAUUUAUCUUCUACUGUAUUACUAUCAGUCCUAAUCCUUUCUUAUUGGUCUUCUUGGGACUAGUAAUACCAAUAUUUGUCAUUAUUAAUUUUUUAAAACUAUUCCUUAUUUUGAGGAAACUUCCUGUAAAAGAAAAUGUGACUCAAUAUGUAAAGUGUUACUGAGUCUGUACAAAGAAGUCCUUUCUCUGCAAUUCUCUUCCUUGAGUUACAGCUUCAGAUAGCUGGACUAAUACAAAAUUAAUCAUGAAGUGGCUGAGUAACAAAUAAAACCAAGCUAUGGAAGUUUCCCACUGAAUGUAAAAGGAAGUAUGUAAAAUGUGAAUCUGUUUUUAAACUAGUAUGAGGAAAUUGUACCCAUUGUGUGUUUAUCUCUCAAUAAAAGUCUGUAUAUACUAUAAAUAAUUCUAAAUUAUGAAAAGGUUUUUAAAAUUUUAUACAACUAAAACUGGAUUUAGUGCAGCUUUGUCUCUCCUUGAAACAACUGAUCAUUUACUGUAAGUUUCUAUAUAUAGGUUUGAAACUGACACCUUUCCUGUAUUAAAAAUUACUGAAUAA